CGGCCCUUUAAAGACAAACUCCCGCGUUCGGAGUUGAGCGGAAAUAGAAAGACUGUUUUUCCUCUAUUUAAGCGCGCCAACAAAGACUUCCACACACGAUUUGAGUGUGUCUUCCAUGCACCCAGCAUUUGUUUAUUGUGAUACCCGGUCCUGUAUUUCCUCCAAUCUUCCGAAAGAUGCCCGAGGAAACGUCUGUCGCGUCAAGCUCUGGGAGUAGCGUGGACGAGAAGCCGUGCUCGUCGUCAGCACCGGCGACAGACAGCUGUUCUGUAGACGUCGUGGAGGAGGCAAAGAAGCUCAUCGGCACAGGGAACAGACAUCUCGUGAUGGGUGACGUUGUCGCUGCUGUCGGUGUCUUUCAGGAUGCGUGCGGCAUGUUAGCUGCCAAGUAUGGAGACACUGCAGAUGAAUGUGGCGAGGCCUUUUUCCUGUGUGGGAAGUCCCUGCUAGAGCUUGCCAGGAUGGAGAACACAGUCCUUGGAAAUGCCCUGGAAGGAGUCCCAGAGGAAUCUGAAGAUGAGCAUCCCAGUAACUCAAAUAUUGAGAGUGCAAAUAACCUCGAUGAAAACACUCGCGACGAGCUACGAAAGCAGGUGUAUGAUGCAAUGGAGGCAAAGCUUGAGGUGGUCGAAAGAAAACCGGAGUCUGAUGUGGAGAGCAGUACUGGGGUGAAGCAGGAAAACGUCUUUUCAAAGUCAUCACCCAAACAAGCUGGGGAUGACUCUGAGAAGCCCUCAGCUUCCCAAUUGAAUGGCGCGGUCAGGAGUCUGGGUGAGGACGCCCAAGUGAACGGAGUUGUGAAUGGAAGCCUCGGAGAGUCUCCUGAGAAAGAAAGUGUGGCAAAGACUGAAGACCCUGAAGAGCAGAAUGGUGAGAAGACCAAGGCAGAUGAAGAAAGUGGCGACUCUCAACCUGAGGAGGAAGCAGAGGAUGAAGGGGAUGAUGACAGUGACGACGACGACGAUGAUGAGGAAGUGGACAAAAAUGGUGACAAGGAGGAGGAUGAAGUUGGAAAUCUGCAAUUGGCUUGGGAAAUGCUUGAGGUGGCAAAGGUCAUCUAUAAGAGAAAGGAAAGCAAAGAAGACCAGCUCAUGGCAGCCCAGGCCUUUUUGAAACUUGGAGAAGUUGGUGCAGAAACGGGCAACUAUCCUCAGGCACUAGAAGACUUCCAAGAGUGUUUGGCCCUGCAGCUCAAGUAUCUUCCUCCUCACAGUCGUCUGCUGGCUGAGACCCAUUACCAUGUUGCCACAACACUGUGCUACAUGGAUCAGUACAGCCAGGCCAUUCAGCACUACAAUAGCUCCAUAAAAGUGAUCGAGACCCGCCUGGCCAUGUUGCAGGACUUGAUUGAUGCAGCAGAGGGCACCGAUGGGGGAAAAGAGGCCACGACUGAGAUGGAAGAACUCAAGCAGCUUCUGCCUGAUAUUCGAGAAAAAAUAGAAGAUGCGGAAGAAACCCAGAAAACAUCCAGUGCUGCCUCCCAGGCCAUUCAACAGACCCUUGGUGGUGCUUCAACCUCCUCGGCAUCCCGGAGUGAAAAUGGCAACCCUUGUUCAGCCUUUGCUGCCACCUCACAAAUCCCAGUGAAAUCAGAUGAUGGUGGAUCAUCUUUGAAAGUGGCCUCAGACAUCUCUCACCUCGUCAGAAAAAAGAGGAAAGCAGAGGAGAACAGCCCAGUAAAGGACACUGAUGCUAAGCAGGCCAAACAGGAAGCCACAAUUAAUGGCAGUGGAGACUCUAGUGCCAACAAUGGAAUUGAGGAGCAAAAAUCAAAGGAGACUGCUGUCCAGUCGCCCUCUGUCCAGUCCUCAGCGUGACAAGCCACAUCUUUCAUGCGCUUUCAAGACCAGCAUGCAACUGUUAUUCAAACACUUGUAAAUAAUAUCCAUUUUCAUUGAUUUGUCUGUCCAGUUUUGUAUACUUUCAGUAAAACAAUUUUCAAAUGCA